CUCUGAGGAGAGAGAGGAGGAGACCACUGCCUCUAAAAUGAGUCUCUCUGGGGAGAGAGAGGAGGAGACCACUGCCUCUAAAAUGAGUCUCUCUGGGGAGAGAGAGGAGGAGACCACCGCUUCUAAAAUGACUCAAGACACCAGUUCUAAGAGUGUCCAGAAGCCCAGAGCAGAGUCACCUACAACCAGCCUGCUAUCAAUGAAGUGUGAUCGGCCACCUGCUUUCAGCCAGGAACCAUUACCAGAUGACAAUAAGGAAGUGGAGAGUUUGGACAGUGAGGAUGCAUUAAAGAUCACACACAACCUUCUGGACAGAAGAAGUCAAACUCUGCUGACAGUCCAACAAGACAUCAAGGCUAAACUGAAACACAAGUAUCAACACAUAUCUGAAGGAAUUGGACACCAUGGAAACCAAAGUCUGUUAAAGGACAUCUACACAGACCUCUACAUCACAGAGGGUGGAAGUGGAGGGCUCAAUAAUGAACAUGAGGUUAGACAGAUGGAGAUGGCAUCCAAAAAACAAACCACACAAGAGACACCAAUCAAAUGCAACGACAUCUUCAAGCCUUUACCUGGACAAGACAAACCAAUCAGAACUGUGCUGACAAAAGGAAUCGCUGGCAUUGGAAAAACAGUCUCUGUGCAGAAGGUCAUCCUUGACUGGGCAGAGGGAAAAGCAAAUCAGGACGUUCAUUUCAUGUUUCCUCUUCCUUUCCGUGAUCUGAACCUGAAAAAGGACCAAUACAGUCUGAUGCAACUUCUUUCCCACUACUUCUCAGAGCUGAAAGAGAUUGACAGCAUUGAAGAUGGUGAAACCAAAACUGUUUUCAUUUUUGAUGGUCUGGAUGAGUGUCGACUUCCUCUAGACUUCAAAAACAAUGAGAAGUGCUGUGACGUCACGAUGCCAACCUCAGUGGACGUGCUGCUGACAAACCUCAUCAAGGGGAAUCUGCUUCCCUCUGCUCUCCUCUGGAUAACCACACGGCCUGCAGCAGCCAAUCAGAUCCCACCUGAGUGUAUUGACCAGGUGACAGAGGUACGAGGGUUCAAUGAUCCACAGAAGGAGGUGUACUUCAGGAAGAAAAUCACAGAUCAGAAACUGGCCAAUGAAAUCAUCAAACACAUGAAGACAUCAAGGAGCCUCCACAUCAUGUGCCACAUACCAGUCUUCUGUUGGAUAUCAGCCACAGUCCUUGAGAUGAUACUGAACGAGGCAGAGAAGGAUGAAGUCCCCAAAACUCUGACCCAGAUGUACUCACACUUCAUGCUCAUCCAAAUCAUUGUGAAGAACAGGAAGUACAACAAAGCCACAGAGACAAACCCAAAGGAACUGUCUCAGUCAGACAAAGAGAUGAUCCUGAAACUGGCAAAGCUGGCUUUCCAACAGCUGCAGAAGGGCAACCUGAUCUUCUAUGAGGAGGACCUGAGAGAGUGUGGCCUUGAUGUCACAGAGGCAUCAGAGUACUCAGCAUUGUGCACAGAGAUCUUUAAAGAAGAAUCUGGGCUGUACCAAGACAAGGUCUACAGCUUUGUGCAUCUGAGCAUUCAGGAGUUUCUAGCAGCUGUGCAUGGUUUAGAAUCAUGCCUGGACAAGCAGGAAAAUGUUUUCCCCAAAGCAGUCACUGGUGAUGAUGAUGAUGAUGAUGAUGAGGAUGAUGAUGAUGAGGAGGAGGAUGAUGAGGAGGAGGAUGAUGAUGAUGAGGAGGAGUCAAUCCAGUUGUCUGACUUACACGAGAUCGCAGUGGACCAGGCCUUGAAGAGUGAGAAUGGACACCUGGACCUGUUCCUCCGCUUCCUUCUGGGUCUCUCACUGGAGUCCAAUCAGAAUCUGUUACGAGGCCUUCUGACACAGACAGGAAGUACAACACAGACCAAUGAGAGAACAGUUGAGUACCUUUCAGACAAGAUCAAGGAGGAAUCCUCACCAGAAAGGAUCAUCAACUUGUUCCACUGUCUGAAUGAACUUGGUUCCAACUCUCUAGUUGAAGACAUGCAGACCUCCCUACGAUCAGGAACUCUUUCAGAAACGAGACUAAAACCUGACCAAUGUUCAGCCCUGGCCUACCUGUUACUGAUGUCAGAGGAGGUGCUGGAGGAGUUUGACCUCAAGACAUACAACACAACAGAGGAAGGUUAUCAGAGGUUGCUGCCGGUAGUGAAAACCUGCAAGAGAGCACUACUAGCUGGCUGUAAACUCACAUAUAAAUCCUGUGAGACUCUGGCCUCAGCUCUGCAGAAACAUAACUCCCCUCUGAGAGAACUGGACCUCAGCUACAAUGACCUGGGAGACAGAGGAGUGGAGCUGCUCUGUGUUGGACUAACCAGUCCACUCUGCAACAUACAGACACUAGUACUAGCUGGCUGUAAACUCACAUAUAAAUCCUGUGAGACUCUGGCCUCAGCUCUGCAGAAACAUAACUCCGCUCUGAGAGAACUGGACCUCAGCUACAAUGACCUGGGAGACAGAGGAGUGAAGCUGCUCUGUGUUGGACUAACCAGUCCACUCUGCAACAUGCAGACACUAGUGUGAGUUAAAUAUCUUGUCAAGCCCUAGACCUUAGAGCCUUUUUAUUUCUCUAUUUGGUUAGGGUCGGGGUGUGAUUUGGGGUGGACAUUCUAGUUUGUC